AUGGGGUUUCGUGAUAAAGUUUGCAAAGGGAAAGCGGGAAAUGAAGAGGAAGGUGAACCACCGUUGAGAGCGGCGAUCAAGGGGGUGGGCGAAAUCAGAAUUAUAAAUACACACCACAGUGGAUAUUCGAUAGAUAGACAAGAAACAGAGAAAGGGAGAAGAAACGGGCACUUUAUAUACGGUAUAUUUGGGCACGGAACGCUUUGGACCCUCUCUCUCUCUCAUUCAAUGCUUUACCGAACUCACCACCACCCCUUUUUCAUCCCAUUCAACUCUUUAACCUCCUCCAUAUCUCCUCAUCCUUUACCUUCAACAACCACUCCUCUUCCUAACCUAUUUGCUUCCCCUUCUCUUCAGGUUGAACAAGAAAUGGAGUGCGUAGAAGGGGCAUUAAAAAGCAGUUUCAGACCGGAGAUGGCGGUCAAAACGACCACCCAACAAGCGUUUUUGGAAGACUCGUGGGCAGUUAAUGGUCAAACCGGCGUUUCAGGAGAUGAUUUCUUCGUGGACGACCUUCUUGACUUCUCUAAAGCAGGCUCUGAAGAUGGCUUUGCCGAAGAAAAAGAACAACCACUUGAAGAGAACGACAAGGGUUGUUUUCUCUCUGUUUCACUCGGGAAUGACAACUCCUCUAAGCCUAGCACAAGCGCUUUCUCAGUCAAGGAUGAUUUUGGGUCUGUCCCCGGCAGUGAACUCAGCGUUCCGGCUGAUGAUUUGGCGGACCUGGAAUGGUUGUCUCAUUUUGUGGAGGACUCAUUUUCAGGGUACUCUUUAACAUACCCUGCCGGAAAAUUACAACCCAAGCCGGCAGAAAACCAGUUGGAACCAGGAGUUCCGGCCGAAACGAAGCCCUGUUUCACAAGCCCGGUUCAAACCAAGGCCAGAACCAAGAGAAUCCGAAACGGCGGUCGAGUUUGGUCACUUGGGUCACCAUCACUGACCGAGUCGUCAACGUCUUCGUCUUCUUCGUCAUCUUCAACGACUUCGUCUUUGCCUCCCAACCCUUGGCUCAUCUCCACAAGCCUAAGCCAGACGGCUGAGUCCUACAUCGAGAAACCGCCGGCUAAAAAGCACAAGAAAAAACCGGCAACCGAAACCUCCGGUGGCGGUGGUGGUGGGAGCCAACAGCCACGGCGGUGCAGCCAUUGCGGCGUUCAGAAGACUCCACAGUGGCGAGCCGGUCCACUCGGAGCCAAAACGCUUUGUAACGCAUGUGGGGUACGAUACAAGUCGGGUAGGCUCUUGCCCGAGUACAGACCCGCUUGCAGUCCGACAUUUUCGACUGAAUUACACUCCAACAACCACCGUAAGGUGUUGGAGAUGCGUCGGAAGAAGGAAUUGGAAGACGAUUUGGCUCCGGCGGUUCAGAGUUUUUGAAGAAAUCAAUUUAGGUAGGAAAGCGAAAGUUUAGGACAUGAACCGGAUAAUGAAGCCGGUCUAGACAGGCCCCAUCCAUUUUAGUGUACAAUUUUAUUCAAUAUUAUGCGGUAGGGUUUCCCUUGGCAUUGUAACCGACAGGUGAGACUUUAAUGUACUUUUAUUUAGAAAUUUCAUUUUUAUCAAUUUUUGGGUUUUUUAUUCACUUUCAAUUUGGAGGAGAGAGAGAGAGAGAGAACUAGUUUGAGUGUGUGGGAAAAGAUUCAAACUUUUUUGUCAAGGCCGUUGGAAAGCGAGAAAAUUAUGUUGCAGCACGAGACCAUGGUGGGGUGUUAGAAAAAUGGUUAUGGCGUGAGGUCAAGCUAUUCCUUGCACUUAAUUCAGCCCUUUGUUUUAUGUUUUGGGUUUUUUUUUUAAAUAUAAAAUAAGGUUUAGGGACCCUUUCUUUAGACCUGUGAGCUUCGAUAUAUUCACUGCUAUAUCUGUACACAGAGAGACAGAGAGAGAGAGAGAG